CGCCGUAGCCGUGACGUGCGCGCGCCUGGGGCUGGGAACUUGGGGCGCCGGCCGGCAGGCGGAGACGGACCCGGGAUCAGCCGAAGCAGGAAGCGAGCGAGCAGCCCCGGGAGCCGCCACCGCCCCGUCCCGGUGCUGCGAAGUUGGCGUCGUCGCCUUCGUCCCUCGCCACCGCUCACCCCGCCCUCCUGCGUCCCGGGCGACCGCGGGGGAGCCAGGUCGCCGCGCACCUGCCUUCGUGUCCACCCCAGAAAUAGUGGAUAACCUCAUUUGAAAAAUGGAGGAUGGAAAGCCCGUUUGGGCACCACACCCUACUGAUGGAUUUCAGAUGGGCAAUAUUGUGGAUAUUGGCCCUGAUAGCUUAACAAUUGAACCUUUGGACCAAAAAGGCAAGACAUUUUUGGCUCUCAUAAACCAAGUGUUCCCUGCAGAAGAGGACAGUAAAAAGGAUGUGGAAGAUAACUGUUCACUCAUGUAUUUAAAUGAAGCCACACUCCUCCAUAAUGUUAAAGUUCGAUACAGUAAAGACAGAAUUUAUACAUAUGUCGCCAACAUUCUGAUUGCAGUGAACCCUUACUUUGACAUUCCUAAAAUAUAUACUUCAGAUACAAUAAAGUCCUACCAAGGAAAAUCUCUUGGGACAAUGCCACCUCAUGUCUUUGCAAUUGCUGAUAAAGCUUUUCGAGACAUGAAGGUGCUCAAGAUGAGUCAGUCUAUCAUUGUAUCUGGAGAAUCAGGAGCUGGCAAAACAGAAAAUACAAAAUUUGUUCUCAGAUACCUGACUGAAUCUUACGGAACAGGUCAAGAUAUUGAUGAUAGAAUUGUUGAAGCUAACCCACUCUUAGAAGCCUUUGGAAAUGCAAAAACUGUUCGAAACAAUAAUAGCAGUCGAUUUGGAAAAUUUGUAGAAAUACAUUUCAAUGAAAAGAGUUCAGUUGUUGGAGGAUUUGUAUCCCAUUAUCUGCUAGAGAAAUCUAGGAUCUGUGUUCAAGGCAAAGAGGAAAGAAAUUAUCACAUAUUCUAUAGGCUGUGUGCAGGUGCUUCUGAGGAUAUUAGGGAAAAACUUCAUUUGAGCUCCCCUGAUAAUUUUCGGUAUUUAAAUCGAGGCUGCACUAGGUACUUUGCUAACAAAGAAACUGACAAGCAGAUUUUACAGAAUCGAAAAAGUCCUGAGAAUCUUAAGGCAGGUUCCUUGAAAGAUCCUCUGUUAGACGACCAUGGAGAUUUUAUUAGAAUGUGUACAGCCAUGAAAAAGAUUGGUUUGGGUGAUGAAGAAAAGCUUGAUCUGUUCCGUGUAGUGGCUGGAGUUCUGCACCUUGGAAAUAUUGAUUUUGAGGAAGCCGGCAGCACCUCAGGUGGUUGUAAUCUGAAGAAUAAAUCUGCUCAGUCCCUGGAAUAUUGUGCUGAAUUACUGGGCUUGGAUCAAGAUGACCUUCGUGUAAGUUUAACCACGAGAGUGAUGCUGACCACAGCAGGAGGCACCAAGGGAACAGUUAUAAAAGUACCCCUGAAAGUGGAGCAAGCAAACAACGCUCGUGAUGCCUUGGCAAAGACUGUCUAUAGUCAUCUUUUUGAUCACGUUGUCAAUAGGGUAAACCAGUGCUUCCCAUUUGAAGCAUCAUCCUAUUUUAUUGGAGUCCUAGAUAUUGCUGGUUUUGAGUACUUUGAACAUAACAGUUUUGAACAAUUUUGCAUCAACUAUUGCAAUGAAAAGCUUCAACAAUUUUUUAAUGAAAGGAUUCUGAAGGAGGAGCAAGAACUCUAUCAAAAAGAAGGUUUGGGUGUUAACGAAGUGCACUAUGUGGAUAAUCAGGACUGUAUCGAUUUAAUUGAAGCAAAAUUAGUAGGAAUACUGGAUAUUUUGGAUGAAGAAAAUCGCCUUCCCCAGUCAAGUGAUCAACAUUUUACAUCUGUCGUUCACCAGAAGCACAAAGAUCAUUUCCGACUUACUAUUCCCCGAAAGUCUAAGCUGGCAAUUCAUAGGAACAUUCGAGAUGAUGAAGGCUUCAUUAUCAGGCAUUUUGCAGGGGCUGUGUGCUAUGAAACAACCCAGUUUGUGGAGAAAAAUAAUGAUGCCUUACACAUGUCUCUUGAAUCCUUAAUAUGUGAAUCCAGGGAUAAGUUUAUUCGGGAAUUAUUUGAAUCAUCCACAAAUAACAACAAAGAUACUAAACAGAAAGCAGGAAAACUUAGCUUCAUCAGUGUGGGAAACAAGUUUAAGACACAAUUAAAUUUACUUCUGGACAAACUUCGAAGCACCGGGGCCAGCUUUAUUCGCUGUAUCAAACCUAAUUUAAAGAUGACAAGUCACCACUUCGAAGGUGCUCAGAUUUUGUCUCAACUUCAGUGUUCAGGAAUGGUGUCCGUUUUGGACUUGAUGCAGGGCGGUUUCCCAUCACGAGCUUCCUUCCACGAACUUUACAACAUGUAUAAAAAAUAUAUGCCUGAUAAACUUGCAAGACUGGAUCCAAGAUUAUUUUGUAAGGCUCUUUUUAAAGCUUUGGGCUUAAAUGAAGUGGACUACAAGUUUGGGUUAACAAAAGUAUUUUUUAGACCUGGCAAGUUUGCAGAAUUUGAUCAGAUUAUGAAGUCUGAUCCUGACCACUUGGCAGAGUUGGUUAAAAGAGUCAAUCACUGGCUUAUCUGCAGUCGCUGGAAGAAAGUUCAGUGGUGUUCACUCUCAGUCAUCAAAUUGAAAAACAAAAUAAAAUAUCGAGCUGAAGCCUGCAUUAAAAUGCAGAAAACCAUUAGAAUGUGGCUUUGCAAAAGGAGACACAAACCUCGCAUUGAUGGCUUGGUUAAGGUGGGCACUCUGAAAAAACGCCUGGAUAAGUUUAAUGCAGUAGUAAGUGCACUGAAAGAUGGAAAACCAGAAGUGAAUAAACAGGUCAAGAACCUUGAAGUUUCCAUUGAUGCUUUAAUGGCCAAAAUUAAGUCUACUAUGAUGACAAGGGAGCAAAUACAAAAAGAAUAUGAUGCACUAGUUAAAAGCUCAGAGGACCUCCUCAGUGCAUUACAGAAGAAAAAACAACAGGAAGAGGAAGCAGAAAGACUGAGGCGCAUUCAAGAAGAAAUGGAAAAAGAAAGAAAAAGACGCGAGGAAGAUGAAAAACGUAGAAGAAAGGAAGAAGAGGAAAGGCGGAUGAAACUUGAAAUGGAAGCAAAGAGAAAACAAGAAGAAGAAGAGAGAAAGAAAAGAGAGGAUGAUGAAAAACGUAUUCAGGUGGAAGUGGAGGCACAGCUGGCCCGUCAGCGGGAGGAGGAGUCCCAGCAGCAAGCGGUUCUGGAGCAGGAGCGGCGGGAUCGGGAGCUGGCCCUACGCAUUGCUCAGAGUGAGGCUGAGCUCAUCAGCGACGAGACCCAGGCAGACCCUGCGCUGCGGAGAGGUCCUGCUGUUCAAGCCACCAAGGCAGCUGCUGGUUCCAAGAAACACGAUCUUAGUAAAUGGAAAUAUGCAGAACUACGGGAUACCAUCAAUACUUCUUGUGAUAUUGAGCUGCUGGCAGCUUGCAGAGAAGAAUUCCAUAGGAGACUAAAAGUGUAUCAUGCUUGGAAAUCCAAGAACAAGAAGAGAAAUACUGAAACAGAGCAACGUGCUCCGAAGUCUGUUACUGAUUAUGAUUUUGCACCAUUUUUGAACAAUUCACCUCAGCAGAACUCGGCAACUCAGCUUCCUGCCAGGCAGCAGGAGAUUGAAAUGAAUCCACAGCAGCGCUUCUUCCGCAUCCCAUUCAUCCGCCCUGCUGACCAAUACAAAGACCCGCAGAAUAAGAAAAAAGGCUGGUGGUAUGCUCAUUUUGAUGGACCGUGGAUUGCUCGGCAAAUGGAACUCCAUCCUGACAAGACACCCAUCCUUCUUGUGGCUGGUAAAGAUGACAUGGAGAUGUGUGAGCUGAAUCUUGAAGAGACAGGCCUGACUCGAAAGCGUGGUGCCGAGAUUUUGCCAAGGCAAUUUGAAGAAAUGUGGGAACGCUGUGGUGGCAUUCAGUACCUCCAGAAAGCAAUCGAGAGCAGACAGGCAAGGCCCACGUAUGCCACGGCAAUGCUGCAGAAUCUGCUCAAGUAGAUACUGCACACCAGCCUCUAGUGGGCGCCCUCACUCUGCGACCAGGCCGUGGGUGUGCUCCUGAAAUGUAACCCAUUCUGAAAUUAUGUUAGAAUUACUUACACAAAGUGAACAGGUCUUACUAAUUGUGGCUUUUUGAAAAUUUAAAAUUAAUCAGUGGUAGUGAAUUUGGACUGAAAACUCAUCUUCCUGAUUCCAUUUAUAACUAUGAAGCCUUUCUGUUGUAAUGCUUGUUACAUUUGGACAGAUUCUGACAUUUCUCAUCCUUUGCCAACAGCUACCUUAAGUCUAUCGUAAUUGUUCCUGAGAAAAAGGAAUUUUAAAAAUUCUGAAAUGCUUUCUUUCUAAGGAUAACACUGUACUAUAGAACUGGAAUGAUAAAAUCUUAAGUUUCUUACAAAAAUUAAGGUACUUAAAAUGAGCAUGGCACUGAUCUGAAAUGCGUUGUACUUUCUGUGGUCACUUUUUUCAGCAAUUCAUGGACAUUCCACCAGAGGUUAAUUUCACCUCCCCCCACUUCCUUUAUAGUGCUUUUUAGUUUUGAGUAAAGCAAUUUUCCUGAAGUUCUAGAAUUCUAGAAAGAGCUUUAAUAUAGUUGAUGUACUCUGUGAUAAAGAAGGUACUUUGUAAUAUCCUGCACAGAUUUUUUUCUGUCAUAUUGUGUGUCGCUCUAAAAAACAUUAUUCACAGAUUCUAGGGAUGGAAAAAAAAUAAACAAAUUCAGAGGGUCGAAAGCAUUAAGAUAGCUUUCAUUUCAUUUACAAUGGAAAAAUAGAUGUUGGGUAGAACUGUGGCUUUAACUGGACUACUCCAAAUAUUCAGUUUCAUCUCUAUUAAGAUUUUUAUAUCAGAAUCUUGUCCAAGUUGUUUCAAUAAUUUAAAUAAAUGAUCUGUUUCAUGCAUCUUUCUCUUAAAAAUAUUUUCUUGAUCCAUUUUGACUUUUGAGAUUUUAGUAAUUGUAGAGCCAUUUACAUGCUUUGUAAUUCAAAAAGUCUUGAAUAAUUGCUUAUUUCAUGUAACUGAUCAUCUAAAGGAGAAAGUUUUCAUUGUGUGCUGUUAAUUUCAAACAAGUGUCAGUAGCUUCAAACCUAAUACUUAAUGACUUUUAUAUUAGGAAGUUGGAGACAAAAAUUCAUCAAGGAAUUAUGUUGACAUAAUCCUAAGGAGUCUUGUUUGUAUUUUAGAAUAAAAUUAGAUACUAAAAUUAUUCUCUGCACCUUUAUUCCUAACUCUUAAAGACCCUACUUUGGAAUGAAAUCUGGUGAUUAUUGUUUUUCCUAGAAAGAAUACCUCAGUAUGGAAAAUAUUUCCCAGCUGAUGAUAGUAGAGCUUAUGAGCCACAGACAUAAUUGCUUCUCUUAUUAUAUGUGUCUUAGUAUGGAAAUAUUUAUUUAUUAUGAUACUGUGCAAAUGAUUGUCUCCUGUGAAAGAAAUUAAAUGGCCCUGUCUGUGCGUUGAGAAUGUGAAUGUGAUUACUUUUUGAAGGCUAUGUGACUACAUGGACUCAGUACUCAUCCUGGGUCAUUUGGUCCCUGUUACUGGUAACAGAAGAUCUGGUUAUGAAAUAAAUGACCUGUUCUCUCUCUUCACAUCUCUUUCAUUUAAUUGCUGUUUUUAUUUUGUAUAGGACAGUGAAUGUCAAGCUUUGUUUUUUAACUAGUUAGUAAAGGCCCUGUAGAAAGUUUAAACAUUAAGAGCAUAUUUUUAAUGAAUCCCUUUUAGUACUCUUUUCAGAAAGGUUUAUGUAUCUCUUAGAUACAUAUGUGACACUAGAUGUUAAACUAAUCAGAUGAAUUAAAAUUAUAAUGAGAAAAUUUAAGACUUUGCAAUAAAUAUGGCAGAAAAGAUAUUACAAAUACUUAAUAUUUUUACCUUAGUAGGUAAUAAAGUUCUAGUCUUAUUUUGUUUCUAGGAAUGUCACAUAGCUGUCCUAGAACGUACCUAUUUAAAGUAGUCUCCUGAGUCAAUUUUGGUUACCAGGAGAACUGCCCUAAUUUAGAUAGACUUACAGUAACCUACAUAGCAGUAGAUGUACUAUACACAGAGGCCCACUUUAGUGGGCAAAUUUAGGACCCCAUCAGCCUUUUAAAGAAAUAGAAGAAGUGGUAUUCUAUAAGAUGUUGACAUAUUUUCUUUGCUAUUUUCAUAAUCGAAUCCAUAAACACUAAGUGAAGACUGUAGUAAUCAAAAGUAAAUUGAUAUUUUAAUCAUUCAUCUUGAGAUUUUAAUAUGAGAACUUUAUAUCAGCAUAGUACAGAUAGUUCCUCAUCUGUAGUUCCUAAUCUGUAAUUAUGUAGUAGUUUUUCGUUUGCGUGUUCUGUAAAAGUGGGCAUAUAUAAAAUGUUGAAAAUGAGAAGACAAGAUAUUUUUGCAGUCAGUUUGGUUUUAAUUCCUAAUUCCAUUAACACACUGGAAGUAGGCAUUUUGAUCUGUGGAUACAUACUCAGAGAACGAAUUUUUCUCUAAUAUACCUAUCCAUAUAAGCAUAAACACUUGCAUUUUCUUACUUGUAAAGUUUAGUAGAUAGCACCAUCUCAGAGGAUUAUGUGAGGAAACAUGCUUAGCGCACAAACCUACACAAAAGACUUACUGUUGUUACAUUCUGCUUCCUACAAUGUUAAUUACAGGCAUUCUUUCCAGUCAAGUAGUGAAUCCUUUUUUUUUAAUAAGCAACCAAGAAAAGAUCAUCUUAAUAGAAAAUGAUAGUGGUAUUUGUGGACGCCUGGAAAGUAGAAAUUCAGAGGAAAGAAUAAUCAGGAAGAUUGUGUGUGUGUGUGUGUGUGUGUGUGUGUGUGUGUGUGUGUAGAUUUUACUGGAAUAAAAUCUUUUUUUUUUUUCCAUUCACAGGUUAUUACUAUGGUUCUCAGGGGAUCCAGAUAUGUAGGUCUUGGGUUUCUUUAAAGUAUCUUAAGAGUACUUUGGAUGGGUAGAGUAUUUAUUGAAUAAGUCAGUUAAUACAGUGUUAGUGGUAAACUGGCGUCUUUUUUAGAGAAGAAGUGACAGAGAUCAAGAGAGGUCCAGUACAUUGGUUCUAGACCCUGAAAGAGGUGUGCCUUGGCUUCAGUCAUGUAGACUAAAAGAAUCUGAAAAGAAAAUUUGCCCCCUGAGAUAUGACAAAGUGUUGCUUCUGACAUUUCACAUUAUCAGAAGAUAAGACAGAUUUUCUUUUAUAUUGCCAGGAAUAACAGGCAUUGAAAAUUAUAAUUUCUAGAAGAAGAUAAAUUAUGUAUGACUUAGUGGUAAAGCACAUGCCUUGCAUGUGAGGCCUGGAUUUUGUAUCUGACACUGAAGAAAAUGAGAAGAUUGACAGGGUAUCUAAGAAUGAGAACAGGACAAAUUGGUGUGGGGGUGGGCGGGGAAUCAGUUUUAAUAUUAAGAAAAGAAGAGCCACAGUGAAAGACAAAGAGAGGAAGUAUACCCCCAAAUACUCUAUGUACAAAUACCCCACAUUGAAAAUGAGUGAUAUGGUUUAAAUAAUAAAAUAUCUUAGGUUUUCAUUACGUUUUAGAAUAUACUGUACAUAACAGAAAAAUCUAUGGUGGUUAAAACUUGAACCAAGAUUGACCUGAUGUAAAAGUUCUUAACCUAUAGAAAAUGGUACUGCUAUACCGGAGGAGGUCAGCAAUAAGUGAACUUUCUUAUGAGUGGGAAUGUGGAAAUACUUCCAGAGGUAGAUCCUAUCUAUGCCAGGGCCACAUACUUGUAUACAGUUAUAUUAAAUUCAUUCAUAUUGAUAUAUUCUUCCUUCCCCACCACUAACCUAAUAUGUGAGAUGUUUGGGUGUCAUAGUUUUGAAUAAUCAUGAAAAACAUACUCAUCAAGAAAAGAAUAUUUAAUCCUCAUUUACUCCUUUGCAGUCUCACUUUCAAACUUAAAAUAGACCUACUGAUUGGCCAUUUUCACAUCUGAAAAUUUGUCUAAUUGCAAUUGCUUCUGCAUUUUUCUUCAUUUCCUUUUAAGUGUCUUAUCUGAUACCUGCCUAAAAUUCUGAUGUACUAAAAUUCUUAAUAAAUGCUUUCUAUUGUAGAACUUC